AAAAAGGAAAAAAAAAAAAGCCUAUUUUGUUUUCCCAUGCGAGAACUCUGAGGAGGGUUUUAGGCCUACAGGAGAAACUCAUUUGCUUCUCAUCCUCAGCAAAGGAUCCUCUCUCUCUCUCUCUCCCCUCUACUCUCUUAGUUUUCGUUCGCGGCCUCUCAAUCUCGUAAUGGGGGAAGAGAAGAAACCCGCAUCUGCUGGUGUAUGGCCCACAGUGAAGCCCUUCGUCAAUGGCGGAGCCUCUGGUAUGCUCGCCACUUGUGUCAUCCAACCCAUCGAUAUGAUCAAGGUGAGGAUUCAAUUGGGUCAGGGAUCGGCAUCGCAGGUGACGAGGAACAUGCUGAGGGAUGAGGGCAUGGGGGCAUUCUACAAGGGAUUGUCUGCUGGGCUGCUGAGGCAAGCAACGUAUACAACCGCACGACUUGGAUCAUUUAAGAUUUUGACAAACAAAGCUGUGGCUGCCAAUGAUGGGAAGCCGCUUCCUUUAUACCAGAAGGCUCUGUGUGGGCUUACUGCUGGAGCAAUUGGAGCAUCUGUUGGUAGCCCCGCAGAUUUAGCUCUUAUUCGUAUGCAGGCUGAUGCUACACUACCUGCUGCACAGCGUCGGAAUUACACAAAUGCAUUCAAUGCCCUCUAUCGUAUUGUUGCGGAUGAAGGGGUUCUGGCACUCUGGAAAGGUGCAGGCCCUACUGUUGUGAGAGCUAUGGCUCUGAAUAUGGGAAUGCUUGCCUCUUAUGAUCAAAGUGUUGAGUUUUUCAGGGAUUCUCUUGGUUUAGGUGAAGCUACUACAGUAGUAGGUGCAAGUACGGUUUCAGGAUUUUUUGCUGCAGCUUGCAGUUUACCUUUUGAUUAUGUCAAAACCCAAAUACAGAAAAUGCAACCUGAUGCUCAGGGAAAGUACCCUUAUACAGGCUCUUUGGACUGUGCAAUGAAAACUCUUAAAGCAGGAGGACCCUUCAAAUUUUAUACAGGAUUUCCUGUCUACUGUGUUAGAAUUGCUCCCCAUGUCAUGGUACGUUCUAACUUCCGCUUCCGUGUGCAUGUUGGAUGGUCCUCUUUAUAUUUCACUAAGCAUUUGGUUCAGAAAAUCACAUGCCUAGGAAUUCUAUGCCUGGGAAUAGGAUGCCAUUCCCCAUGGGAAAAUUGGAUUACCAAAGAAAUAGAUGGGAAUGUUCUGUGCGCACAUUGGAUUAUCAAGAAAACUCAUGUGCCAAAUUUGGAUUCAUGGGAUGAACCAAAUAUGGCCAUAUGGGAUUCUGACUGACUUUGUCAGGAAUCCUCAAAGACCCCAAACACAAUAACUAAGCAGAGUUUUUUAUGCCCCACCAAUCAAUUCUGUGUUUCAGUUGGUUUCUGAUUCAUGAACAUGUGUUCAUGCAGCUGACAUGGAUAUUCCUCAACCAAGUUCAGAAGCUGGAGAAAUCUGUUGGAUUGUAGUGUUCUACAGAACUGCAGAUCUACAUUGGAGCUAAGCUUUACCAUAGUAAUAUCGUUUUGCCUCAUGUUGUAUUUGUGGCCGGUUUGGGCAACCUCCCAGGGUCAAAGUCAAAGCGUUUCUUCCAAAAUUUUAGUGAGACUGCAAUAGGAUGUUUAUUAUUCAUCUGAGUUUGUAUCCAAAAGUUUUAGGUGCCAUAGCCAGAUUUAUUUAUUUUUUACACAAUUUUCUUGUUAACUCAUUGGGGAGCACUUGGGUAGUUCGUCAAACUUAUUGGGAAAAAUGGUCGGCCAGAAUAAUUUUUGUACCAUGAUCUGCAGCUUAAUAAACAGGUUAUGAAGCUCAAAUUUUGCUUCUACUUUCUUGAAGAGGCAAAGAAAA